AUGGACGUGUUGGAUCAGCCGACGCAUGCGUUGAUUCUGAGCGACCUCGCUGCGUGUCUCGCGCAGGAGGCCGCGGAUGGCACGCUUGACUCGAGUGAUUUUGCGGCGUUCCAGAGCAGUGAUGCGUCCUCGAGCACGCUGGCGCUGGGCUACUUUAGUGUGUCGGAUGUGCGGGCGGUGCUGGCGCAGGCGCGCUUCGCGAGUGCGUUGGCCGAUGCGAUGAGCCAGGCGCCGGCGCGCGAUGCGACGAGUGCGUCGCACGUGUACAUGGAGCAUGUGUCGCGCACGCUGUGUGCGACGGCGGAGCACAUGCCGCGCGCCGACUUUGACGAGAGUCUGCAGGUGCGUGGGCAGUGGCCGAUGGCCGAUGAGCUGGCGUACGCGGUCGUCGAGGGCCUGCUCAAGAUCGGAGCGUGCGUGGCGUCGAUGCGUGCGCCGACGCAGGCGGCGCUGCUGCAGCUCGUCCGCGGCCUGUGUGCGCAGCUGCGUGCGUCGGGUGCGUGGGACGAGCAGCGGCGCUGGGCGUGCCGCUGCGUGCCGCAGCUGCAUGGGGUGGCGCGGGCGAUGCAGGCGGUCGCGUUUGUGUGGGACGAGGCGUCGAUCGCGCCGAUGGCGGAGGAGCUCGGGGCGCUCGCGCUCGAGGCGCAGACUGUGUAUCGUCUGGAUGCGCUGCUGCUGACGCUGCCGUCGCAGUCGGCGGCGCUGCAGCAGAGCCGGGCGUGGGCUGAGCGGCGUGGCUGUACGCCGCUCGUGCCUGCGACGCCGAGCAAGCACGCGCUCGAUGCGGGCGACGUGCUGCUGGAGCAGUAUGUGCGCCUAGGCGUGCCGCUGAGUGGCCAGCUCGUGGCGUCGUGCAGUCUGCGUGCGCUCGCGUCGAUCGUUGCGCAGGCGGCCGUGCCGCAGGCCGCUUCCGCGCAGCGCGCGUCGGCGUGGGCGUGCCUGGUGCGUGGCACGCUGCCUGUGCGCCUGCCGAUGCCGUCGGUCGUGCACGCGGCGUACGAGGCGCGCACGUCUGACGGCGCCGAGCAUGCCGAGCUGUAUGCGAGUGAGCAGCUGUGUGCGUCGCUCCAGCUGCUCAUCGUGGGUGCGGCGACGCGCACGGACGACGUGACGUACGCGUGGGACGCGCUGUGCGACGUGCUGAGCGAGCGAGCGCCGUCGCACGAUGUGGCGUCGCAGUGCGCAGCGCUCGAAGGCGCCGCGGUCCUCGCGCAUGUGCGUCCGACGCUCUCGCUCAAGCUGCUGCACCACAUCCGGCGGUGGGUGCAGGCGCCGACGUCGGUCGCGACGCUCGAUGCGCACGCGGACCUGGCGGCGGCGUGCAUGGCGGCGUGCAUCCGCGCCUCGGGGCAAGACGAGGCGGCGGCGUCGACGAUGUACACGAUGCUGAAUCACGUCUCGCGCGAGGCGCACGCGAUCAUCGUCCACACGACGCUGGCCGUGCUCACGCGCCUCGCGCGCGAGAUGCGUGUGCCGUCGUACACGGCACUCGUCGUGUCGCUGCUGCUGCAGCGUACGCAGGCGCCGGGGCAGCUGCCGAUCGGCAUCGUGUUCUCGCACCUCGUGCCGCUCGCGGCCGCGUCGCCGCGCUCGGGCUUCGUGAACAUGUACACGGCGCUGGGCGAUGCGAUGCGCCAUGCGCUGCAGCACGGCGAUAGCGCGCAGUGGGAGCGCUUGCAGCAUGCGUCGCUGCAGCUGGCGCGCGCGCUGACGCCGGCGGCCGAGGCGCAGGGCCGCGACGCGGACGCGGCGGCGGGCGAAGCGACGCCGUGCCUGCGGAAGGAGCUGAUGCUGCCGGACGUGCUGGCGCUCGUGAUCGAGGCGGGCACGCGGCGGGCGGGCGGCCGGGCGGCCGUGCAGGGCCUCGUGCACAUCGUCGCGGCGCUGCUGGCGCACGCGGACAUGCACGUCCACUGGCAGCCGCCCGCCGAGCUCGUGUACCUGUUCCGCAACGCGUGGAUCGUCAUGGUGCUCGUUGGCGGCGUGUCGUCGCUGACGGCGCCGAUGCCGCACGGCGAUCCGCUGAACACGAUCGCGCUCAAGACGCCGACGCUCGUGCCCGCGACGGCGCGCAACUACCUCGACGACGACAUCGACACGUACAAUGUGCUGCGCCACGACGCGCUCGCUACGUCGGCGGACGCGCUGCGCCACGCGCUGUCGCCCGUCCUCGGCCACCGCGCGCUCGAGACGCGCGCGCUGUCGCUCGCGCGCCUCGCGUUCGUGUACGCCGUGCUGCACGUCGAGUGGCGCCGCGCGGCGUGCGGCCGUCCGUCGAUGGCGCUGUGCUACCUCGUGCAUCCGGGCAUCGCGACGUCGUCCGUGCACGCGCCGCUGCGUGCGGUGAUCGAGCGCACGUUUGCCGCGUUCCUCGUGCAUGUGUCGGAGCGCUGCCACACGCACACGGCCGACGCGUGCCUCGCGAGCGAGGCGCGCAACAUGCUCGUCGCGCUGUGCCACACGCGCGCGGCCGUGCGCGAUGAGGCGCACUCGUACUUGGAGCGCCUCGUGCCGGCGUGUCCGUGGCUGUUUGCGCGCGCCGAGGUCGUGGCGACGAUGCUCGAGCUCGUCACGCUCGUCAGCCGCGGCUGCGACGGCGAGCUGACGUCCGCGUUCAUGCCGCAGUACACCUUCACCUCCGCCCUCGCGGGCGUGUCGAUCGACCUCUCGGACGUGUACGCGGACCGCCGCGCCCUGCUCGAGAGCGUGUCGCGCCGCGUGCGCGAUAUCCUCACGCGCGUGCAGAUCGACGUGCCCGGCGCGCUGCACGGCGCGCUCCUGCGCUACCUGCAGGCCGACACGGCCGCCGACGGCCUCGGCGCGACGCUCGCGCUGGAUGUCGCGCGCGGCCGCACGCAGCGCGUCGGCUUCAGCCAGGUGCGCUGCGACGACGCGGGGCAUGUCACGCACGCGCUGCUCGUGCAGAGCGCGUCGCUCGGCUGGACGGCCGCGACGCCCGAGGCCACGCUCCGCGCGCAGAUCCAGGCGCUCGCGGCCUCCGCACUGCACUCGCACGACGCGCUCGACGGCUUCGUGUACCGCUGCGCCGCGCUCCUCGUGCAGCAGGCGACGCCCGACGCCGACGUACUCUCGGCGCUCGUCCGCGUGCCGAUGCAGGUGUGUACGAAGACAGCGCUGCGCGCCGCGACGCGCGCCUGGUCGUGGCUGCUCGCCGAGCGCCCCGCGGCGAUGGCCGCGCUCGUCUGCGCCAUCGCCGAGCACUGGGCGGACGCCGCGCGCCAGCGCCGCGGCCUGUACACGACGCAGCUGCCCGCCCAGGCCCCGCUGUCGCGCAAGACGGACAUGUCGGCGACGGACCCCGCGCGCAUCGCCCGCGAGACCAGCCUCGCCGACGAGCUCCUCGCCGGCCACCUCCUCGUCCUCCAGCUGCUCAGCGACUGCCUCGAACGCGCGCGCAGCAGCGAUGCCACGCUCGUCGCCGUGCUUUGCCGCCUCGUCCUGCACAUGGCCGACGCCGCGCCGGCGCUGUGCCUGCAUCCGCUCGCGCGACUCGCCCACACGGCGCUCGUGCAGUUCAGCUUGCGUGUGCUCGAGGCCGCGCGCCUCGACGUGUUCAUCGAGGCGCGUCUGCGUGACGCCGUGUGCCGCCUCGCCCUCGCCUGGUUCGCACAGCCGCCCGUGUGGUCGUACGGCGGCGACCUGCGCCGCGGCGCCGAGGAACUCUUGCACGUGCGCGCCGUCAUGGCCCUGCUGCGCCACGCGACGCUGCGAGCCGACACGUUCGUGUCGUCGUCGACCGCGCACACCACGCAGCACACGAUGCUGCACAGCACGCAGCGCCUCGUCCCGCACUGCCCGCUCGCGCGCGCCGUCGAGCACGUCCAGCAGUGCCUCCAUCUGCUGCAGGCGCUCUACGCCAGCGAAGAGGCGCGCCUGCUCGUGUGGCUGCACCCGACGCAGCAUGCCAAGGGCGCGCCGCCCAGCGUGCAGGUGCAGCGCGGCGACCUGCUCACAGCCUGGCGCCUCGAUCCACGCGUCGCCGUGCACAUGAUCGAGCGCUUCCCCCAGCCCGAGCUGCGCACCGAGCUCGCGCAGCUCAUCAGCGCCGAGCCGCACCGCGUGACGCAUUGCAGCGCCGCCCUGCGCCUGUUCCUCACGCAGCAGCCCACACCCCGCGCCCUCCGCUGGCUGCUCGCAUGGGCGCCCGUCGCGCCCGUCGACGCCAUCGACAUGCUCACGCCCGACGGCGGCGGCCGCCACCCCAUGGUCCUGCAGUACGCCAUGCGCACGCUCGCCGAGCACCCCGUCGACCUGGUCUUUUUCUACGUGCCCCAGCUCGUCCAGACAUUGCGCGAGGACGUGUAUGGCUACAUCGCUCAGUUCAUCCUGCAUACGUCGCUCGUCUCCCAGCUCUUCUGCCACCAGAUCAUCUGGAACAUGGAGGCGAACAAGUACAAGGACGACUUGGCCGAAGUCGAAGACCCGCUCAAACCCACGCUCGACGCCAUGAUCCAGCGCAUCGUCGGCCAGCUCACGGGCGAGGCGCAGGCAUACUAUGAGCGCGAGUUCGCCUUCUUCAAAAAGGUCACCGGCAUCUCAGGCUCGCUGCGCCCGUACGUCAAGUGCUCCAAGCCGGAAAAGAAGGCCAAGAUUGACGAGGAAAUGGCCAAGAUCGCGGUCGAGGAAGGUGUGUACCUGCCAUCCAACCCCGACGGCGCCGUCGUCGACAUCGACCGCACGUCCGGUCGUCCGCUCCAGUCAGCCGCCAAGACCCCGUUCAUGGCCACGUUCAAGGUGCGCCGCGCCGUCGCGGAGCGCACGAACCCCGACGAUCCACCACACGUCGACGUGUGGCAGAGCGCCAUCUUCAAGGUCGGCGACGACUGCCGCCAGGACAUGCUCGCCCUGCAGGUCAUCGCGCAGUUCAAAAACAUCUUCAUGGCCAUCGGACUCGACGUGUACCUCGAUCCGUACCGCGUCACCGCCACCGCGCCCGGCUGCGGCGUCAUUGACGUCGUGCCGAACGCCACAUCGCGCGACGAAAUGGGCCGCGCCAAGAUCAACGACCUGAGCGACUUUUACAAGAACCGCUACGGCGACGAGCACAGCGUCGCGUUCCAGCAGGCCCGCCUCAACUUUAUCCAGUCGAUGGCGGCCUACUCGGUCGUCUGCCACAUUCUGCAAAUCCGCGAUCGCCACAACGGCAACAUCAUGUUCGACGGCGAAGGACACGUCGUGCACAUCGACUUUGGCUUCCUGUUCGACAUCGGACCCGGCGGCAUGCGCUUCGAACCAUACUCGUUCAAACUGUCCCACGAAAUGGUCGACGUCAUGGGCGGACACGAAUCGCCUGGCUUCGCCAUGUUCGAGCAGCUCGUCGUCAAGGCCUACCUCGCCUGCCGCCCCUUUGCCCACGAAAUCGUCGCCACCUGUGGCUUGAUGCUCGGCACGGACCUGCCCUCAUUCAAGGGCAAGGCCACACUCGAUCGCCUGCACGAGCGCUUCAAGCCCAACAUGACAGAGCGCGAGGCCGCCCUGCAUGCCCAGUGGCUCGUCAAAGAUGCCUACGGCAACAUGCGCGGCACGCUGUACGACCUGAUCCAGGAGAAGCAAAACCACAUCCCAUACCGUAGGUAA